UCCAAGUUUUGAGGAAAACUUCUCAAUUAAUAUCGUAUUUCUGAUAUCGUCUUAGAAAUAUGUGCUUAAUGUAAAGUUGUGUGAAAUUAUUAUAAAUUAUAUAUUGUAUUUGAGUAUUUCGCUUUGCUGUCCGGUAAACGUACAAUUGAAAUGAUAAAGGCUAUUUUAGUUUUUAACAACCACGGAAAGCCUAGACUUUCGAAGUUCUAUCAAUAUUUUAAUGAAGAUAUGCAGCAGCAAAUAAUAAAGGAGACCUUCCAGCUGGUUUCAAAACGAGAAGAUAAUGUUUGUAACUUUUUAGAAGGGGGGAGCCUUAUUGGUGGGUCAGACUACAAAUUAAUAUAUCGUCACUAUGCAACGCUUUAUUUUGUGUUUUGUGUGGAUUCAUCUGAAAGCGAAUUGGGAAUUUUAGACCUUAUCCAAGUUUUCGUGGAAACUUUAGACAAAUGUUUUGAAAAUGUUUGUGAGUUAGAUUUAAUCUUUCAUGCUGAUGCUGUACAUCACAUUCUGGCUGAGCUGGUAAUGGGAGGAAUGGUUCUCCAGACAAAUAUGACCGAUAUAUUAGCACGAAUCGAAGAACAAAAUAAACUAGUGAAGCAAGAAGCAGGUAUAUCUGCUGCCCCCGCACGUGCUGUGAGUGCUGUUAAAAGUAUGAACAUUCCCCAACAAAUAAAGGAUAUUAAGCUUCCCGAUUUACCCCAAGCGAUUAAAGAUUUAAAAUUCUGACCGGGUCAAACGUCCGCCACCCUAAUUUUGGACUCAUUUAUUACCAGCAAUAUGCCGUCUUCUUCUAUUAAUUCAACAACAUUCCCUACGUUGUCAACUACAGAUACCGAUUAUUAUACAUUUUUGCGUCAAAAUGCAUACGAACUAAUUGAAGAUGAAUAUGAUGUCAACUUUUCCACUUCAUACAUUUUUUCAUCAACUAGUUGCAAUUCCGAUUACUAUCAAAGGGAAGCCGGAAUAAGUUUUUUUUCGAUGGAAACGAAAAAUAAUCAAAAUGACAUUAAAAUAAAACCUAAGAAUGGAAUGGAAAAUAAUAUGGAAGAUGAUAAACAGUUAAUCAAUAUAUCUGGCCAAGAAACCCCUAAACGAAAGAAAAAACAGAAGAAACAGGUAUCGCUUAUUUGCAAUAACCGUUAACUAAUAAUGUUAUAAUGAAAAUAUAUAUUUAUGAAUUUAUAAAAUAUUAGUAAAGAACACGUGAUAACUGCUUGAAAUAUAUAAUCACUUCAUUCGUUCAAUGCAGUACAAUUUACUACAACCUAA